AUGCACUGGCCACCCACAAGAGUGGGCUUAGGAGGGUGCCCACGGUGAGUCGGCACCGAGCGUCUUUGAAGACACGAACAGAACUGGGCCGAACUGCUGUGUAAAACGACUGGGGCGGGUUGAGCAAAAUCACUUCCGCCGUUCCGCCUUUCGGCAGUGCCUGAGAUUUGAGCCUGCCCCGCAUGUUUAAUUCCAGUUCCGAGAGGCUGCUUCGGCGAAUGGAUGGGAAGCGUUUGUGGGGAGGUCAGCGAGAAAAUCGAAACUGACUCGGGUCCUGGACAGAGAGGGGACACCGACUGAAGAAGGCCCAAAAGAAUGGAAAAACAAGCACUGCUCAGUGCCACUGGACCCAGGGACAGCUAUGGAUCCUUGCCACCAGAGGAUGAUCCAGCAGCUUCAGCUUUCCCUGAAAUCUCUCCGGGUGAGGAAUGGGCAUCGGCGCCCCCAGUCGAUAUGCUGGACGAUGUUGUUGGGUAUGAAGGAACCACGUCGGGCGAUGAUGGAAGCUACAUUCUCCCACCGGCUUCUAUCGCAGAAGGAGCACAGGGAGAUGUGCCUCGCCCACAGACAUGGAGUAUUCCCAGCAUCACUGAAGAUGUAGCUAGAGAAGCAUUCAUUGAGUUUGCAUCCAGCAAGUGCUGCUACAGCACCAGCCCUGCCAAAGACAUGAUCUUUCGGGAUUUAAGACCGUAUAACACGUACAGAUACCGCCUAGAAAGCUUCAUUGAGUCCAGAUCAACUAAGUGGAAGAUGGUCCCUUAUAGUGGGCAGAUUGUCGACAGCAGUGCCUAUGGAAUUCCACCCCUCCCCUGGGAUAUAAUCGUGGAGAGGCCUCCGAUGUUUCAGGACCACGAGAAGAAAAUCGCAGUGCCCCACACUUCGUCCAUAAAGGGGUGUCACGUAUGUAUGACAUUGGGCAAAAUAGCAUGCAACAAAUGCACUACGACAGGGCAGGUGAAGUGCUGGGUGUGUAAAGGCCGAGGAUCCCAACUUAGCAAUGAUACAUGCGGACACUGCAAUGGCUUUGGACUUCAAAGGUGUACUCAGUGCUCGGGCCAGGGGACAAAAUUGUGCAAAACAUGCAAAGCAAGUGGACAACUGAUGGUGUUCAUCCAGCUGACAGUCAAAUGGAAAAAUAUCAUUGUCGAAAGCAUUGCUGAUCAACAAAGUGGACUUCCUUUGGACCUUUAUGACAAAAUGUCAGGCCAAAACAUCUUCGCCGAUCAACAAUACAGGGUCUAUCCUAUAGUGGGAUUUCCGGAGAAUCAGAUCAAUCAGGCCUCUCAGCUAGCCAUCCAAAAACAUCAGAGCGAGCUGUCAAGAACCUCCCACAUAAUUCAACAGCGACAGACAAUUGAGUUCAUUCCGAUCACCCAAGUGUUCUACGAGUGGAAAGGAACAGAAUACAACUAUUUCACAUGCGGGACAAAAAACAAAGUGUAUGCCCCAGACUACCCCGCAAAAUGCUGCUGCUGCAGCAUCCUGUAGCCGGACCAAUCAGAAACUGCUGCUGCUGCUUUAAAAAAAAUAUCCACACAACAGCCAAGAUUCAGCAGCUCACUACCCAAGCUACCUAAAGGCCAGCUCUUGUUCGGCACAUUGCUGGUGAGUUAACUCCCUGCCAAACCUCUGUCACUUACUCCAAUCAGUAGGUGAUCGUUAUUCUGAUAAUUAAGACAAUGGACUAAUCUGGAGAUUCUCUGUGGUUUACUGAUGGAUUACACCAUCCAAUCAGUCCAUGACCGGGAUGUAUACUGCUUCAAGUUGUGAUCUCCUCCCUUGUAGGAAUGGGUACCGCAGUCGCAGUUAAGGAGGGAGACAAAAUUAGCUCAGGCUCCUGCAUUGAUUCAGUGACUUCUCUUGGGGCUGCAGAUGUAUCGAGGAGCAUUUGAUCAUGCUUGGCUAUAGCGGCCCCACUUAAGAAAAAGGCCUGGCAGCGUCCGAAGAUCGGUGCCCCGUUGUGGGCCACUGUUUCUGAAUGGGGGAUGGGGCACGUCUCUCCAGUAACUACUCACUCCCGUUACAGAAUAGGGCUGAUUUUAUAAAACUUCAACAUCCAAUCUGCAAUCUCUUCUGCUUAAACACUAACUCUCUCUGUUGAAACUUUGCAAUGGAAACCUUGCAUUAAUCGCAUGGCAAGUGCAUGCAAGUGGAAGUUAGUAACUGGGGUUUCACUUGAGCCUAUCAAAUACCACUGGUGUGUUUAGGUGGUGUAUGUUUGCAAUGUUUCAUUCUGUAAAUAAACGCAAGACUAAGUAGAUUGGCUCAAGUAUCCUUCUCACGCUCUCUGGUGUAGAACGUAAGAUAACCCUUUGUAGAUCACUGUGUGGAGGUAUAACUAAUUCUUAAAAGGUCUGCACCAAGAAUAAAGAUUGUGUUGGCACAUUAUAUCACUGUGGGCUGGUCGUGUGAUGAAAGCAACAAGAGGAAAUUGAGCAUCCACGUUGCUGACUGGUACCUUGUGAGCACAGAGGCUCUGCAUUUGUGCUGAUAACCUGAGGGAGAAAAGAUUUUCCAGGGAACAUCACAAACAAGUCUAAGGCUAGUUCUUUGGUAAAGAGAGCAAAUGGGCUGUUAUUUCAGUGAGCUGGACAGAUAGAAUCUACUAGCUGCUGUGCACAAAAGGAGCAUUUGUGUUUCCAGAGGGAACAGGAGAAUUACAGAACAUACUUCUGUGCAAAUUUUCUGGUUAUUGGAACUAUAAUUUGCAUAGUCCACAUGUGACAUGUUUUUGUCAUGUUGACAGGAUUUUUAUUCACAAGAUCUUCUAAAGGAAGAAAACUGAGUGUAUGAGACACAGACAGACACACAGCCUCAAUAGAGAAAGAGGGAGAGACACUCGUAGAUCAGAGAGAGACAAAGAGACAUGUACAUGCAUACAGAUCGAGAGAGGGCAAGGGAGAGGGCGAGGGAGAGGGAGAAAGAAAGAGACAAAGAUACAUAUGGACUGAGACAGAAAGACGCAGGCAUGCACAGACCCCGUACAGGGAGGAAGAGAGAGAGACAGAGAUACACAUGGACUGACAGAGAGAAAUUGAGACAGAGAUAUGCAAGCCGAGAAAGAUGGACACACACACACAGACAUGCACACAGAUCAGGAGGGAAAGAUGAGAGACGCACCGACCAAGAGAGAGAGGCAAUGACAAAGUACAGGCUCAAGAGGGAGGCAGACGCGCACGCGCACACACGCAGAAACUGGGAGGCAGAUGGAGUCACGUGCAUCCUGAGUGAGCAUGAGACACAUGCAGGCUGAGAAAGGAAAACCGAAACAGCCAGAUAACUCCUCCACUCACAUCCCAACCAGACUUCUUUAUCUCAGUCUCCCGCACUGUUCCUAUGCAGCUAAUUGUGAAUUUAAGGAACAGCACUUCAUCAUUUUGUUGUACACUUUUCAGCCUCUCGAUUCAACACUGAGUUCAAAUAUCACAGAUUAUAACCAUACUGCCAUUUUGUUUAGGUGUAUUUUUAGUUUUUUCUUUGGAUGACAGCUGAUCCUGCUUUCCUGUGUUUACUUUCUCUCGGGCAUCUUUCAUUUCUUUACUCGACCUGUUGUUAACCCUUUCAGCUUGCAUCUUCAACCUUUUACCAUUUAGUGUCUCCAUCAUCUACCAUGCCACAGGCAUUUAUUCCAUCCUAACCUCUGCCCCAGCCAUGAGCCUACACUCAUUUAAAACUUGUAAUAGCUGUAACUACUAGCUUUGACAAGAAGCCAUUGACCUGAACAUUGACUCUGGGCUGAAUUGUACUAUAUUUUAGCAAAGUCCCAUUUUCAUUACAUUUCAUGGAGUGUUCCCUCCAUGAGGCUCCAUAAGCCUCCACGAUGCCUAUGUGAGUUCUCUCGUACUGUGGUCCCAAACUUACUUCAUUAACUACUCACUAAGACUGUUUGAUACUCUUUCUCACACAAUGCUCUCCUACAGAUAGAAACCCAGAGGUACUCGCUGCUACCUGGGUAGCCCAUGAUCCCUGGCACUGGCACCAUAUUUGAAAUUUGAUAUUUCCACCCAGACAAGUGCUGUCAGUCCAGGGCUGCCCUGCCCAGUUAAUGGCACUUGCACCAGAUGCGAUAGGUUUGGAGAAAUUGGCAGUGCCCUUUGAGAACCAUCUAGAACAUGGCAAUCUGGUCACAGGUAGCCAUCUUGGACAGUGCGGUCUCAGCCAUCGGGUGGAAUGCUCGACAGUGCACAAAGGAUGCCAGUGACCUUCGCCGCUCAGGGUAAGUGCCGCCAUCUUGUCUCUGCUAUCUCACUCGCAUCCUGUCUCUGUCACUGUGCCCACUGCCCUCCAAACCUCAUGUCCUACCACUGCAUUAUAUGUGGCAUCUUUCCACAAUCACCCGCCCCCACAUCCCCCACCUAUCCUCACCCUGCAAGGUCUCUGUGUUGCCUUUUCACUCACCUCAGGAUAUCUCACCAGCUUUUCCCCCCCACUUACACUACCAACUUGGCUGUCCACUUUUCGUUUAUCUCACUCAAUCCCUCCCUUCCACUGAUUCCAGGAGAAUACAACAGGGCACCAAAGUGAGAGUUGCCAACUUUUGGCUCCUCACCCCCUGCAAGGAGUAGAUCUGGCCCCGAUUACCUGUUGUUUAUUUCUUUAUUCUUAAAACAGGAUCUGGGCAUCACUGCCCAUUCCUAAUUGUUCUUGAACUGAUUGGCUUUCUGGGCUAUUUUGGAGGACAGUGUAGGGCCAUACAGCUCAGAAACAGACCCUUCAGUGCCACCAGACCAUGCCUGAUAUAAUUCCAAAUUAAAUUAGUCCUCCAUGCCUUCUCCUGGCCCAUAUCCCUCCAAACCUUUCCUGUUCAUGCACCUAUCUGAAUAUCUUUUAAACUUUGUAAUUAUACCCACAUACACCACUUCUUCAGCAAGUUCAUUCCACACACGAACCAUCCUCUGUAUAAAACAUUUUUCCCCUGUCUUUUUUAAAUCUCUCUCUCUCACAUUAUCUUGGGUCCGAAGUCACGCAUAGGCCAGACCAGCUGAGGACAUUAGUGAAGCUGAUGGAUUUUAACAACAAAUGACAUGGGUUUCGUAGUCAUCGUUACAGCAACUUCUAGCUUCAGGUUGUUUAAUUGAAUUCCAACUCCACCAUCUGCCAUAAUGGGUUUUGAAUCCAUCCUCCAUUGGAGUGGUAACCCAAAAUUCCACUCUAGUCACAUGACCACUACACCACUGGGUAACAUCGGUCAAGCCCCUGGAAUUGGGGCAGCAUGGUGGCUCAGCGAUUAGCUCUGCGGUCUCUCACUGCCAGGGACCCAGAUCUGAUUACAGCCUUGGGUGACCAUCUGUGUGGAACUUGCCUUUAAGAGGGCUGUUUUGGGCAGAAUGGCUUGCAUCCACACUGCAGGAAUUCUCAGAUUCCAUGAUGUCACAGGUUGCCUUGCCUUAUGUUCCAGGAUGCCCUGACUAACAGGCUGACCGAUGACUACUCCCCGUUGACUUUGAGACAUGAAGCUCGUGCAUUGUUGUCUCCUGCAUAAGCUGCUGGCAGGCGGUGGAGUGUGAGUUUGACGUAGCACAGUGUUGCUGGGCAAUUUGUCCAUCCCCUUGACUCUGAGCUUUCAGGCACAUCAAGGCAGAAGUGCCGUGCAAUUCCUAGCCUUGGGCUGAGGAGGAAGAGAAGGCAAGGCUGGGGGCUUCUGUGAACAUCCGAGUGGUGCUAAAUGAGCGAGCACUAAUAAAAGCAAGUGAGCAGCCCUGAGAUGCAGCCUGAUCCAGUCAAUGGGCUGGGAGCCUUCCCUUGCAUCAGCCUCUAAAAGUGAGAAGCUCAUCCUGAAUGUAUGAAACUCAGCUGCAAAAAUGUGACUUGUUGCUUUCAACACAAAGAAAGCCACACUGGGUUCUGAAGAAGAGUUGCCAGGUCUGAAACAUUACCUCCAGUUUCUCUCCACAGAUACUGCCAAACCUGAGUUACUCCAGCAACUUCUGUUUCUGAUUUCCACCAUCCACAAUUCCUUUGGUUCCUUUUGAUUUCUUUUCAUCGUUAAAAAUUAGCCCUUUUCAAUUCUAAGAAAAAUUCAGUGCACUGCACUAGAUGUUGGUGGCAUUGUGACUGAAUGAAUGAAUUCAGAAGUAUAUUGACUAAAACCUGCUUUACCAAAUGAUGUUUUGACGCUAAUAUCUCAAGAAGCCAAAUGAUGAUACCCAGUCUGUCUUUUGUUCUUGAUUCUGAAAAUUGGGUUGUAGACUUUCAGCAGAGUGGUCCGGUUCUAUGGGUAAAAUGGUUUACUCAUUGUCGUCUACCGUCAAAUUUUUUAUAUACGUUGUAAUGUUUCAAUUCAUUUGCCUUGCUCAUGAGACAGCUUGCGUUGAAGCAUAUGGCAUUAAACUCUGAAUUCCUAUACUUUCUACUUUCCUUUGAAUCUUCUCUUUAGUCAACUGCACUGGACUGAUUUAAAGGCCAAUAACAAACCUGCUUAGCUCUAUUAUCAACUCACCUUCGACCGCAACUAAUAAGUCCCGGAGUGGGACUCAAACCUAGAGCUUCUUGCUCAGAGUUAGGGAAACUAUCGCUGCACCACAACGCCCGAUGGCAGUGCUGCAAACUGUAUAAAUCUCUUAGGUUUUUGAAGAUUUAAUCACCCCAUGUUGCCCUUAACACAUUGAAAUGUUGAGGGCAGGCUCUGUGAAUGAGAAAAAAAUAGUAUUGCAUAUUGAUAUCUAAAAUGUACGCUAUGGUGAGGUACUAAUAGACGUACUCUGUACUUUAAAUAUAAUUCUGAGGUUGUCUUUUUUAUAUAUCUGUCAUAUUUGAAUUGUAACAAAUCCUGAUUUGUAACUGGCUAAUUUUAACUUUUGGAAUAUUUGUUGAAAAGGAUCAUUUUCACUUUAUUAAAACAUUUUCAGACAUUAA